AUGGACUCUAUGGGAAGCACCGUGUUUCUGCUGCCUUAUGCAAUUCUCCUGUUUGUCUCUGGCAUUACCUCACACUCACCAAACGUCAACAUCAAAGUGUCGCCCUUCAUCCACGGGAUAAAGGGAAGCCCUCUCUACCUGGAUGUGGAGACCCACUUUGGGUUGGAGAAAGUUCAGUUCCAGGGCAGCUGGUACCGGCUUGAGCCCAACCCCACCCAUUUAAUCACCUUUAAUGAGAAGACUGGCAUCCCCAAUAUGGACAUGGAUAUUGUGUACCGUCCACCCAUGUCCCUGACCAUCAAACGCCUGGAUGAAGCAGCAGAGGGGCGAUAUCAGCUGGAGGUUAAUAUCAAUAUCACGGGAAGACCUGGCCUCGUGAAGUUCAAGAAGACUGUGGAAAUCACCGUAAAUGUGCCUGUGUCCACUCCUGUCAUCAAGAAGAGCACAGAGUCUGCGCUUGUGGAGGACAAAGACAAUGUAACGCUGAGGUGUUUAGUGGAGACUGGAAAUAAAGUACAGUUUACAUGGAAGAGGAAUAACAAACCAUUGGAACCUAAUCCACGUUACACAUUUUCCAAGAACAAUGAUAUCCUGUUUAUCAGCCCGGUGCGGAAAGAAGACAUGGGCCAGUACCGCUGCACUGCUGAGAAUCUUAUCAACAACAGAACGAGUCACUCUGUCAAUCUCGACGUGUUCUAUGGCCCAUACAACUUGGCAGUAAAUUCAGAACAGGGUCUGAGAACAGGAGCGGUGUUCACUGUAAACCCCGGGGAAUUGGUCUUCUUUGAUUGUCUGGCCGAUUCCAACCCUCCAAACACAUGUGUCUGGAUCUCCAAAACCAACAAUGGGACCGAGAUCAUCAUGACCGGCCCACGAUUUAGUGUGACAUCAUAUGAACUGGCCCAGGCCAAGGAGUACCUGUGCAGAGCAUUCAACAAUGUCACAAAGAAGCAGGAUGAGACCCGGUUUACUUUAGUGGUGGCUAGCCUUGGCGUCGGGCAACAGAAACAUGUUGGGGAGGAAAGCGCUGUGUCCCCCGUUGCUGCAGUUGCCAUCUCCUCCUUGCUGAUCAUAAUCUGCAUGCUGUUUGUGUUUCUCAGAAAGACGUGUAAUCCCAAAAGAGUGAUUAUGAAGAUCUACAGCAGGCCCAUAAAUGAACCAAAGAAGCCCCAUCGUUCAGGCCAUGAGGAUGCAACUGAAGAUUUUGGUAUCUAUGAGUUCGUUGCUAUACCUGGGAAAAUGGAAUCAACUCAGGCAUCCUGCCGGUCUCUUGCACGACUCGAUUCAUUCAAAGAUUUGCAUACCACCAUCUAUGAUGUCAUCAAACAUGUUCCAGAGAACCCAACUCUGAGUCUGCUCAAGUCAGACAUAAGUUAG